AUGGACACAGGCUCAGAAUCAUUCCAAUCAACACAGGAUACUCCAAACUCCGUCCUUUCAUCUGAUUUUGAAGACCAUGUUGAAAACAACUCAGUCUUAAGGCUAUCGGAACCAGAAAAAUGUAUCAAUACAAAAGUUAUCAAGUUAAAAGAAGAAUUCAAUGAUAGUUUAGUGUCAAAAAUGUCUAAUUUGACCCUUAAAACAACACCAGACAAUCCUAGGCCAAAGCACCUUGGAAUAAGCCCACCCAAAUUGAGUUCUACACUAACACUUACCACUAACCAUCCACUAAUGGGCUUGGGAAGUCCAGAUGAGAACUUUCCAGAUUUAAUACCAAAGAAAUUACAUAAAGCUGAAGAUGAAAAGGACUUAAGUUUGUCUAGUAUAGAAGAUGAAAGAAAUGUCAACCACACUAAUGGAUAUGAAUUCUACAGUCCUCAGCUAAAUACAUCAAAAAAUAAUCUUUAUUUCUCAGAAAACUUUGUGACAGGUGAUAGUCAACUUCUUAGUGAAUCUUUAAAUGUAGUUCCACCAGAUAUUGCAAGAGUUGAGCAAAUAAAUCAGAAAGAAAGGCGAAAGAUAGUUCCCAGGUUUAUUGAGACACCAAAGAAAGCAUUAUUAACACCCAAAAAUAAUCAAAAUCAAGUGCCAGAUGGAGAAAGAGAUGAUAGUGCCAUAAUAAAUUAUAUUGAAGAAAGGACUAAAAAAAUAUCUAGUCAGAGUACACCUAAAAAUAAUACUGAUGCUAUAAAUAUAACAGAACCUGAAGAAUUUCAUUCUGGGGUUGCAGAGUGGUGUGAAUCCCCAUCACAUUUACGUUCCAUACCAAAUUUUGAACUCCCUAUUGAAAUGUCAAGUACUAUAGGGAUUCAGAAUGAUUUAGAUACUCCAGAUGUAGUAUCCUCAUCCACUCAAGAAGAUAAAUCUGCAUACCAAGCAUUGUUAGAUCCUUAUACGGGCUGUGUGGCACUAUGCCAUAGAACUCCAAAAAGUCCAGGACCUCAACGAAGGAAAAUUCAUGUGCCCCCAGAAUAUGACCGCUGCAGUCUGGAUAGUGUGAGUGGAGGCUCAUUAGAUUCCGAAGAUGAACCACCAGAACCAGAACCUGUGUCUGAGGAUCAAGCACAGCCUGAUAGUGAGGCGGAGGAUGAUAAGAGGUCGAAAUCAACGAAUACGGUUAGCGAAAGCAGCGACCCCAUACCGGAGUACUCAGCUGCGGAGGAACUGCAGGAUGAACGAUCGUGGUUGACUGUACAGCAUAGCGGCCAUAAUGCGACCUGUGAUAUGAAAGUAAUUGAACCAUACAAGCGUGUGCUAUCCCACGGCGGUUAUGAAAGCAGUGGCGCGGCCAUAAUAGUGUUCAGUGCCUGCCAUCUUCCAGACACCGCGCGCCCAGACUACCGUUACGUUAUGGACAACUUGUUUCUCUAUGUAAUUUGGACUUUGGAACGGCUAGUGACAGAUGAGUAUGUGUUAGUGUAUCUACACGGUAGCGCGGGAAGGAGACGGCUGCCUACCUUCGCCUGGUUACAUGAGUGCUAUAAAUUAAUUGAUAGAAGAUUGAGGAAAAGUCUGAAACAUUUGUACCUGGUACAUCCUACAUUUUGGUUGAAGUCAUUUGUCGUAAUAACGAAGCCUUUCGUCAGUUCAAAAUUCUUCCGCAAGUUGAGUUAUGUAAGAAGUUUGAGUGAGUUAAUGCAGCAAGUGCCUGUGGAGCCCAAUGCCAUUCCUGAGAUUGUUAAGGAGUACGAUGCCACUCGCUGA